AUGGUAGAGCAACCGGUAGCAGUCGGAAACCUCGAAAAGAAUGAACCAUCGUACAAGUCGGACGACGAAUCAAUGUCAUCCUCCUCGGCUGUUUCUGUCCCAGUGGUGGACGCUGAACCUACAGGUGGCGACAUCGAAAAGACAACCACAAAAUCCACACAGAGAACACAUCGCAGUAAUCGGUCACAGUGGGAGAAACAAAUCACUUCAGCGGUAGAUUGGACCGGCGACGACGACCCUGAUAAUCCACUGAAUUGGGGUCGUGCAAAGAAGAUCUACCAUGUUCUCAUUCCAGCGUUCCAGUGCUUUACAAUUACCUUCGGAUCGUCAGUCAUCUCACCCGCCGUUCGCGAGAUAGCGAUACAUUUCAACGUAUCCAGAACCGCCGCCAUCCUCCCCUUGACGGUUUACGUCGUGGGUCUCGGUCUGGGGCCCGUCAUGAGCGCGCCCCUGAGCGAAACGUACGGCCGGCGAGCGGUGUACCUAAUCUUCUUCCCGCCGUCGCUGCUCUUCACGCUGGGUGCCGGGUUUUCCAACUCCUUCGCGAGCCUCGUCAUCUGUCGUCUCCUGGCAGGUAUUCUGGGCUCGGGGUGUCUAGCGGUGGGCGCGGGCACCAACAGCGACCUAUUCGCGCACUUCAACCGAGCCGUCGCGAGCUCCAUGUUCCUCGUCGCUCCGUUUUUGGGACCGUCCCUAGGCCCCGCGAUCGGAGGGUACGUCACGAUGGAGCGCUCCUGGCGCUGGACGCAGUGGGUGAUCCUCUUCGCCGGUGCCAUCACGUACGCCGUGUGCAUCCCACAGCGGGAGACAUAUAAGCGCAUCAUCCUCCAGCGGCGCGCGAAGAAGCUCGGCGUCCCUGGCCCGCCGAACCCGUUGCCGCCCGGCAUGUCGAAGUGGCGCUUCAUUUUCCUCGUCACCAUCUUGAGACCGAUCCAGAUGCUCUUCACCGAGAGCAUCGUCGCGUUCCUGAGCAUCUACGUCGCCUUCAACUUCAGCGUCCUCUUCGGGUUUUUUGCUGCUUUCCCACUGGUAUUCCAGCACGAAGUGCCCGAGAUCCGUAUAUACGACUUCAACCAGGGCGAGUCCGGCUUGGUGUUUUUGGGAAUAGGCGCGGGCGUCAUAAUCGCCGGCGCCAUCUUCAUCGUCAUGGACAGGUUAAUGUACCGCAAAAAGACGCUCAAGAGGCGCGCAACGGGAGAUUUUAACCCCUUGCCACCUGAAGAACGUCUCUGGCCGGCCAUGUUGGGGAGUGUGUUGUUGCCGGUCGGUUUGUUUUGGUUUGGGUGGAGCGCACGAAAGGACGUACAUUGGAUCAGUCCCGUUCUGGCCACUAUCCCUUUCGGAAUCGGGAACUUGUUGGUAUUUACCUCGACCGUCCUAUACUUGAUCGAUACUUAUGGGCCUAUGACUGGUGCCAGCGCCGCUGCUGCAAAUGGAGUUUUGCGGUACAUGGUUGGUGCCGUAUUUCCAUUGUUUACUGUACAGAUGUAA